AUGCGAUUUAGACAACCCUAAACUACACUCGCAAGUCGUACUCCUGCGUUCUCUUUCUCACUUGCUGUUCUUCUUCCGCGAUUAAUGUACAUGAGAUCAAGAAUUUGUUCAAUAUAAGGCACGCAUUCGGGUUCAAAUUCGUUCGCCGUUGAAGGCUCCUUGAUUUGAUGCUAGCACUUGAGAGUGAAAGGUAGGAAAUUGUGAGAACAGAAGGAUGAGCGUCUGCAGCGGCUUAGGGAGCUUGAAGAAUGUCUUGGCUGAAGCAGCCAAGAGAGGAGUUACUGAGGCGAGAGCUAGGAUUUUCGGUCAUGUGCUCAACCCGACUGGGCAAAGAUCCCCUCAUAAAAUACUACGAAAAAAGCUCAUCGGUGACAAAGUUGCUGCGUGGUACCCUUAUGACAUCAACAAAGAUGAUCCCCUUGUCAUGGCCCGUCGAGAGCAAGAGCGAUUGAACAGACUCGAAAUGUUGAAGCGUCGUGGAAAGGGACCACCAAAGAAAGGCCAAGGAAAGCGGGCUAAAAAGAGUGGCAGAUAAGGAUAAUCACCUUCGGCUCGUGUGGCACAGAACUUCAUUUGUUAAUUUCUGGAAUUCAAGGCUACUAUGCUUUUGCAGUUCCCUUAAGAUAUUUACACUUGUGAUGGUUAUAACAUCUUCUGCCGAAUAAUUUUCAUAAACUGCUUUUGACACGUUUCAAGUUCUUUUUUCUUUUCAUGGUUAAUGUUGAGAGCAAAGUUGAUGCC